UGGAUUAAAGGUGAGUUGAUCGGCAUUGGAAAGUUUGGUAAAGUGUAUGUUGCAAUGAAUGUUACAACUGGUGAUCUUAUUGCAGUCAAACAAAUGAGCAUCAAUCACAAAUUUUUGAACCGUAGGGAAACAAACGAUAUUGUUGAUACAUUCAAAGCUGAAGUCGAUUCACUAAAAGAUUUAGAUCACGUUAACAUUGUUCAGUACUUAGGAUUUGAAAUCAAAGAUAACACUUACAGCAUUUUCCUCGAGUAUGUGUCAGGCGGUUCGAUAGGUCAUUUACUAAGAAAAUAUGGUAGAUUCGAAGAACCUUUGGUCAAAUAUCUUACCAUCCAAAUGUUAGAAGGUCUCAACUACAUCCAUUCGAAGGGUAUUUUACAUAGAGAUUUGAAAGCUGAUAACUUGUUACUCGAAGUCGAUGGUGCAUUGAAGAUUAGUGACUUUGGUAUCAGCAAGAAAGCUAAGGAUAUCUAUACCUCACAAUCGAAGCUAAAUUUUCAGGGAACGAUUUUUUGGAUGGCACCGGAAAUCAUUAACGAUACUCAUGGUGUUGGGUAUAACGCCAAAGUGGAUAUUUGGGCUCUUGGUUGUGUUGUUUUAGAAAUGUUUUCCGGAGAGAGACCCUGGAGUAAGUACGAAGGAGAAGGUGUUUUGUAUAAACUAGGAAAAGAAAAAGAAGCACCUCCAAUCAAGAAAGAAAUCAGGAAAGAGAUAUCCAGACUGGGAAAAACUUUUAUGGAAAGGUGUUUUGAAAUUGACGCCACAAAACGUCCUACUGCUCAGCAACUAUUGGAUGAUGCAUUCUGUGUU